AAUUAGCUAAAAAUUUUGUGAAAAGUGAGAGAAAAUAAUAGAAAUCAUAUUUGUAUAUGUAUUCUUUAUAAAGUGCGUAAUCUCUUUUAAGAAAACAAAAUAGUGUUUAAGAGUCAAAAAUGGCUGGGUUCUUUGUGCAACAUUGCUUAGUGCUAUAUCUUUUGCUACCGUUAAUUAUCGCUGUGACGCCGACGGGCGCCAAACAUUCACUUUCAAUUCACCACAAGCCCCAACACCACCAUCACUUAUCACACCUCCAAAAAACUGCACUCGCUCGUCAAGUACAAAUUCUCGACGGGUUGCAGGUGGAAGCUGAGGGUUAUUUCGAUAUCUUUGUACAACCGGAACAAUUCGUUGAAAUCGAAACGCAGACCGCGCCACAAACCAAAGGCCAUAAUGGCGCCAUUGAAUCGACCCAUCUACAACAUCUACCUGAUAUUGCCGCCGUUGAGGCGGAGGCGGCAGCCGCCAGUGGAGCCGGCGACGAGGAGGCGAAAACUGUAUGGAGCCGCGCCAACGCAAAUCGACCGGCCUUCUUCUACGACAGCACCGCAUUGUCGAAAAUACAAUCGAAUACAAAAAGUAUCGACACCGACGAUGGCGGGAAUUUUUUCUACGAACGAAACAUUGUAGUGGAGCCGGCACUGGCGAGCAAAGCAAAGCUCAAAUCGAGACGCAGGCAUAAGAACAUCACAAUAAAGGGCAAUGAUACAAGCGGCAUGCAGCGACAGCAGCUACAAAGCUUGGCAUUUCGGAGGCGUUUAUUCAAACAACUCAAAGGCAAGCGCAUACCGAUUCGACAGAAACAUCAUAAACACCAACAUAAACGGCUUCCUCUUAAAUGUCAUAAUAAAGCGAAAAGCAGACAUUCUAAAAAAUCAAAGAAACGCAAUGAUAAGCCCAAUCUGCCAUUUCAUCAUCUAAAAAAUGAAGCGUACCUUAAUGCUGUGUCACGUCCACGACGCGCAGUUACCGCUAAAAAGGAACGGAUUUGGGAUUACGGUGUCAUACCAUAUACUAUAGAUGAAAUUUUUAGCGGUGUACAUAAGGCACUCUUCAUGAGAGCUAUGCGGCAUUGGGAGAACUCUACGUGUAUAAAAUUUGUGGAACGCGAUCCGAAAACUCAUCCUAACUACAUACACUUCACGGUUAAGAAUUGUGGUUGCUGUUCGUUUGUGGGCAAACGUGGCUCCGGGCGUCAGGCCAUUUCGAUUGGACGUAAUUGUGAGAAAUUUGGCAUUGUCGUUCAUGAGCUGGGACAUGUCAUCGGCUUUUGGCACGAGCAUACACGCACCGAUCGCGACAGACACAUAAUGAUAAAUAAAGAGAAUAUAAUGAAGGGACAGGAAUAUAAUUUCGAUGUACUCUCAGCGGAAGACGUGGACUCACUGGGCUUGCCAUACGAUUAUAAUUCAAUUAUGCAUUAUGCUAAAAAUACCUUUGCUAAAAAUGUUUAUUUAGAGACCAUACAACCGAUUGGCAUAUCAAAAGCUCAACACAUUGAGAUUGGUCAGAGAUUACGCUUGAGUCCUGGCGAUAUUGUUAAGGCUAAUCGUUUGUAUAAAUGCACUAGUUGUGGACGUACAUUUCAAGAGAAUUCUGGUCAGAUAAUAUCGCCACAUUAUGAAUACUCACCCUAUGAUGCGGCAAUGCAACAGUCGAACACUGUAGACGAUGGCGGUAGUGGAGAUUAUGAAUUGAGUGACUUUGACAAAGCUCGGGAGAAAUGUGAAUGGCGUAUUACGGCGACCAAUGGGGAACGCAUCAUAUUACAAAUACACCAAGUGCAUCUUCUGCAGUCUACCGAUUGUUCUGUAGAUUAUUUAGAAGUACGCGAUGGUUAUUGGUACAAAUCACCAGUUAUUAAACGUCUCUGUGGAAACAUGACCGCGGAAACACUGAAGAGUACAUCCAGUCGAAUGCUUAUCAAUUAUGUAAAUCAUAAUGCGAUUAGAGGAUUUCGUGGAUUUUCGGCUGAUUUCGAGGUUACUUGUGGUGGCGAUAUAUUUCUAACCGAGAGUCGACGUAUCGACUCGCCCAACUACCCACUGGAAUAUCUUGCUGACCGGGAAUGCGUUUGGCGUAUUACAGCGCCGGAGAAUCGACAAGUUGCUUUGAAAUUUCAAUCAUUCGAAUUGGAGAAUCAUGAUAAUUGUGCUUACGAUUAUGUGGAAAUACGCGACGGACUUAGCAGUGAUUACCGGCUGAUGGGUAUCUACUGUGGCAAUGUAGUGCCACCAAAUAUAAAGACCAAUUCAAAUCAAAUGUACGUAAAGUUCGUUUCCGAUGGAACCGUACAGAAGGUUGGCUUCUCGGCACUCUUCCUGCAGGAGUUCGAUGAAUGCAAAUUCGCCAAUCACGGCUGCCAACAUGAAUGCACGAAUACAUUGGGGAGCUAUAAGUGUGCCUGUUUUGCUGGCUAUGAGCUACAAGCCGAUGGACGUUCCUGCGAAGAUGCGUGCGGCGGUAUUAUCAAUGCGUCUACCCCCAAUGGUACACUUAAUUCACCAUCAUAUCCGGAUGUGUAUCCCAUUUCGAAAGAGUGCAUUUGGGAAGUGGUAGCGCCACCCAAUCAUUCGGUCUUCCUCAAUUUUACUCAUUUCGAUAUGGAGGGUAAUAAAUAUCAAUAUACUGAGUGUGAUUACGAUUAUUUGUUGGUGUAUUCGAAAUUACGCGAUAAUCGCCUUAAAAAAAUUGACAUUUUCUGUGGUCAAGACUUGCCGCCGCUACUGAAGUCCGACGACAAUAUAAUGCGCUUGGAAUUCUUCUCGGAUAAAAACAUUCAACGCACCGGAUUUUCAGCUAAAAUCCAAGUUGACCUGAACGAGUGCAGCAUAAAUAAUGGAGGCUGUCAACACAACUGCAUAAACACAUUGGGUUCGUACGAUUGCAGUUGCCGCAACGGGUACACACUACACCAGAAUCGACAUAAUUGUACGGAAACUAAAUGCAAAUUCGAAAUCACCAGCCCCAAGGGAACAAUUUACAGUCCCAACUACCCAAACGAUUAUCCGCGCAAUACAUAUUGUUUUUGGCGUUUUCGUACUGUGCUUGGACAUCGAGUGCGGCUAACAUUUCACGAUUUCGAAUUGGAAAACCAUCAGGAGUGCUUUUACGAUUAUGUUGCCUUAUAUGAUGGUAAAUCUGAAAACAGUUCAACGUUAGGCACCUACUGCGGCGGACAUCAACCGUAUUCGGUGGUGGCGUCAACGAACGAAAUGUUUAUGGUACUUUGGACGGAUGCAACUUUGCAAGGAAAAGGAUUCCGCGCGACAUAUUCUACAGAAUGUGGCGGCUAUUUGCGGGCAACUAAUGAUACUCAAGUUUUCUAUUCACAUCCCCGUUACGGAAGUCGACCCUACAAUCGUCGUAUGUACUGUAAUUGGCGUAUAGAAGCUGAUUCUGAAAGUAGUGUACAAAUUAAAUUUUUACACUUUGAAAUUGAAAACUCCGAACACUGCGAAUAUGAUUCUGUCGAAAUAAGAGAAGAAAUUUAUGAUGAAAAACUCAGGCGGAAUAGCAAUCAUGGACGAUUUUGUGGCCACAGAAAACCACCUACAAUAACAUCAUACACCGACAGUUUGCUGAUACGUUUCCAAACGGAUGAGAGUACCUCUUUGCGUGGAUUCGCUGUUACUUUCAAAGCCGUAGAGCCACCUGAUGAUGACCUAAUAGAUGAUUUAGACGCAGUAACACCUUUUCCAGGUUAUAUGCGCAGCGUGUAUUACGCCUCUGAUACUGAUAGCGACUUCGAUGAUUGAUUUAUAUUAAUUUCGUUUGUUAUUAUUUUGAUAUUUAUUUUAUUUCUAUGUAUAUAUGUAU